UCAACUCAACACUACUUCUUUUCUUUUUCUCUUCACAUCUCUCUCUUUUUGUUUCUCAUAGCAACAACAAAGCAGAUUCAUUCAUCAAAGAAGAAGAAGAAGAAUGGCGGGUUACAGAGCAGAUGACGACUAUGACUACCUAUUCAAGGUAGUUCUGAUCGGCGACUCCGGUGUUGGUAAAUCAAAUCUUCUCUCUCGUUUCACCAAAAACGAGUUCAAUCUUGAAUCCAAAUCCACCAUUGGUGUUGAAUUCGCUACUCGUACUUUAAAUGUUGAUUCUAAAGUUAUUAAGGCUCAGAUCUGGGAUACUGCUGGUCAAGAAAGGUAUCGCGCCAUCACAAGUGCUUACUAUCGUGGGGCAGUUGGUGCACUUCUUGUAUAUGAUGUUACACGCCAUGCAACAUUUGAAAACGUUGACAGAUGGUUGAAAGAACUGCGAAACCACACAGAUUCCAACAUUGUUGUGAUGCUUGUUGGGAACAAAGCAGAUCUUCGUCACCUUGUAGCCGUAUCAACUGAAGAUGGGAAGUCUUAUGCUGAGAAAGAAUCACUUUAUUUCAUGGAAACCUCAGCUCUGGAGGCUACUAACGUAGAGAAUGCAUUUGCUGAAGUUCUGACUCAAAUCUACCGUAUUGUUAGCAAGAAAGCUGUAGAGGGUGCUGAAAAUGGAAACGCGUCUGUGCCGGCCAAAGGAGAGAAAAUAGAUCUUAAGAAUGAUGUUUCAGCUUUGAAGAGAGUUGGUUGCUGCUCAAGCUAAGAUUGGAAACAUAAUUCAUUUGGUUGCUAUCGGCUCUGUUGUAUGUGUAAUAUUCCGAAAGUGAGAGAGAUACAAAUUAGAAGAAGACGAAAAAAUGUAAUUUAAUUUUUCAUAGUAUGUUAGACUCUCUAUGUAAUCUUAAAAGACAAGUUUCAUGUUUCAAUAGGAGCUGCUGGGGAAGCAAGUUUAUUGCUACUAGUCUGUACUCUGUAGUGUUAUAGUUGUUUUUGAAAUGUUCUGCAAAUUGAUUCAAGCUUGGAAGUAAUUAAUUCAUUAAGGUAUUUAUUUGUGCUCUA